CCAGGCCCCACAACUCUCGAGAUUGCGCGCGCCUGCCUCCCUCCCGCCCCUUCCAGGCCCUCGGUCCGUCCGCUGGGGGCGCGCGCAGUGCGUGGCAGGCGACAGCGGCGCCGGCGGCUGGGAGCGCGGGUCGCGUGGCGGUGCGUGGUUGCUAGGGGCGCUUGAGGCCGCCCGCUCGCCCAUUAGGCCAAGGGAGGAAGCAGCGCGGAGCCGGCGCCGAGCCGGGCGAAGCUGGGUCUGUUAGGCUGACGGUCUUCAAGGAUGCAGCUGCUGCUACUGGAGGUGCGUGGCACCUUACCUGAGCUGGGCCAUGAGGCCGUGUGGCUGUGAUGUGGGCCCCUCAUGGCCUCAGCAGGAACAGAGCACUACAGUAUUGGCCUCCGCCAGGGGAACAACUUCAAGCAGAGUGGGCCCUCAGGCCCAGUGCCUGCCCCGCCACCUGAGAAACCCUCUGAGGGCAAAGUCUGGGCUCAGGCCCAUCAGCAGGUGAAGCCAAUCUGGAAGCUGGAGAAGAAGCACGUGGGUACGCUCUCAGCGGGGUUGGGCCCAGGCCUCUUGGGUGUCCCACCUCAGCCGGCAUCUUUCUUUUGCCCCAGUACUUUAUGUAGCUCUGGGACCACGGCUGUCCUUGCAGGCCAGAGCAGCCCCUGUUACCUGCACUCUCUCCCGGACUUGUUCAGCAGUACCCUGCUGUACCGCCGCUCCAACUAUAGGCACAAACCGUACCAGCAGCUGGAGUCUUUCUGCGUGCGUUCAAGCACGUCAGAAAAAAGACCUUUUUCUCUCCCUCAAAAGAGCCUCCCUGUCAGCAUCACUGCCAGUAAGGCCACUUCUUCCACAGUCUCCCCCAUGGCCCAGCCCAUGGCCUCCUCAUCCACAGAUCCGUACCUCUCACUGGGAGCAGCUGGGGAAAACCCUUCAAGGAAGAGCCUGGCCUCUGCCAUCUCAGGGAAGAUCCCAUCUCCACUCCCCUCCUCUUCCUCCUCCUACAAGCCCAUGCUAAAUAACAACUCCUUCAUGCGGCCAAAUAGCACUAAAGUGCCUUUAUUGCAGGCCACAGAGGGCCUGAGGACAGUAUCCUCACCCAAGAUCCACCUGGUCUCCUGGCAUCAUUCAGGGGGCACUGGAGACUGCGUACCCCAGCCUGUUGGACACAAGAUACCCAAGAGGAAUGGCACUGUCCUAGAUGAUGCCCCUGCCCGUAGCACCCUGUCUACCCCUAGCUCCUUAGACACUUCCGCCACCAGUGUUGCCUCUCCCCAGCACAACCAGAGUGACUUAACCAUGAGGGCAGAGCCGCAUCCCUGUGGGCUGGAUGGCGACUCUGUUUCCCAGGCUCUGACUAAGGAGGUUCGGUUCACUGAGGCCGUGAGGAAGUUGACUGAAAGAGGCUUUGAGAAGAAGCCGAGGCAAGGCUACCAGUUUGAACAGUCUUGUUGCGUGAACCCCAGCUUGCAAUGGGAUCUCCUUAAUAGGAACAGGCAGUGGAAACCUCCUGUGGCAGGCCAGCAGUUCCCACAGGAGGAUGUUGGAGCAGACAGUAGGAUCCUCCCUGGAGCCUCGGACACCUUGGAGUUGGACAGUACAGUCUUCUGUACCAAACGCAUCAGCAUUCACCUCCUUGCCUCACAUGCCAAUGGGCUCAGCCGCAGCCCUGCCUGUGGAUCUGCGAUCGACUCCCCACCACGUGGAGAAGACAAAACUCCAGUUCUGCCUUCUCCCCCUCAGCCCCUCGGUGUAGCUGAUGUGGCCACCCGCCUCUCUUCCCUCCAUCUGGGCCAGCUUGGGAAGGAGGGGCCUAAAGAAGCCGGGGAGCUGGACUCACCUGCUAGGGAUGUUGGUUCAGCUACUGAUGUCCAGCUAGACCAGGUUGAGGCUGAAGAUCUAGAAGAAGAGCUAGUGGAUGGUUUGGAAGACUGCUGCAGCCAUGAUGAGGAUGAAGAGGAGGAGGGAGACUCAGAGUGCUCUUCACUCAGUGCUGUCUCCCCCAGCGAGUCGGUGGCUGUGAUCUCGCGGGACUGCAUGGAGAUUCUGACCAAACCCUUCUCCAAUGAGAAAGUUGUCCGACCAGCCCUCAUCUACAGUCUCUUUCCCAAUGUGCCUCCUACCAUCUAUUUUGGUACUCGGGAUGAGAGAGUGGAGAAACUUCCCUGGGAGCAGAGGAAGCUGCUGCGGUGGAAGAUGAGCACAGUGACCCCCAACAUUGUCAAGCAGACCAUUGGACGGUCCCACUUCAAAAUCAGCAAGAGAAACGAUGACUGGCUGGGCUGCUGGGGUCACCACAUGAAGUCUCCCAGUUUCCGCUCCAUUCGGGAGCAUCAGAAGCUAAACCAUUUCCCAGGUUCAUUCCAGAUUGGGCGGAAGGACCGACUGUGGCGGAACCUGUCCCGCAUGCAGAGCCGCUUCGGCAAGAAGGAGUUCAGUUUCUUCCCCCAGUCCUUCAUCCUGCCCCAGGAUGCCAAGCUCCUGCGCAAAGCCUGGGAGAGCAGCAGCCGCCAGAAGUGGAUUGUUAAGCCACCAGCAUCAGCUCGAGGCAUUGGCAUCCAGGUCAUUCACAAGUGGAGUCAGCUCCCCAAGCGAAGGCCUCUUUUGGUGCAGAGGUAUCUACACAAACCCUACCUCAUCAGCGGCAGCAAGUUUGAUCUGCGAAUCUAUGUUUACGUCACCUCCUACGAUCCUCUACGGAUUUACCUCUUUUCGGAUGGGCUUGUCCGCUUUGCCAGUUGCAAGUAUUCCCCAUCCAUGAAGAGCCUUGGCAACAAGUUCAUGCACCUGACCAACUACAGUGUCAAUAAAAAGAAUGCUGAGUACCAGGCCAAUGCAGAUGAAACGGCCUGCCAGGGCCACAAAUGGGCACUGAAGGCUUUAUGGAACUACCUGAGCCAGAAGGGAGUCAACAGUGAUGCCAUCUGGGAGAAGAUAAAGGAUGUCGUUGUCAAAACCAUCAUCUCGUCAGAACCCUAUGUGACCAGCCUGCUGAAGAUGUAUGUGCGGCGGCCCUACAGCUGCCAUGAGCUCUUUGGUUUCGACAUCAUGCUGGAUGAGAACCUCAAGCCCUGGGUCCUGGAAGUCAACAUUUCCCCAAGCCUCCACUCCAACUCUCCACUGGACAUCAGCAUCAAAGGCCAGAUGAUCCGUGACCUUCUGAACCUGGCAGGCUUUGUUCUGCCCAACGCAGAGGAUGUCACUUCCAGCUCCAGCAGCUCCAGCAGCUCCAGCACCAGCCUGCCCAGCUCCCCCAGGGACAAAUCUCAAAUGGCCCCGGAAUACUUCACUGCACAGAAGAUGAAGAAAGACUAUUACUUGACCCAGAAAAUUCCUGAUCAGGACUUCUAUGCAUCUGUGCUGGAUGUCCUGACGCCAGAUGACGUUCAGGUUCUGGUCGAGAUGGAGGAUGAGUUUUCUCGCCGCGGUCAAUUUGAACGAAUUUUUCCUUCUCGAAUCUCCUCUCGCUAUCUCCGAUUUUUUGAGCAGCCACGAUAUUUCAACAUUCUCACCACCCAGUGGGAACAGAAGUACCAUGCCAACAAGCUCAAAGGAGUCGAUCUGCUUCGGAGUUGGUGCUACAAAGGGUUCCACACAGGAGCCAUCUCUGAUUCUGCUCCAAUGUGGUCUCUCCCAACGACUCUUCUGACUGUCCCCAAGGGUGACGUGACGCUCAGUGCUUUCUCCAAAUUGGAGAGUGGCAAGCCUGGAAAACACAGCUCCUCCGAGGGAAGCGUACCACUCUCUGAAGACAAGACCACACCCAAGCCCAAGAAGACCCAAGCUGGCCUUGUGCUUUUCCCCAGGAAACCCAGUUCCUUGAAGGAGAGUGAGGACACGCGCAGAGAGCCCAGCCUCUCCACCCAGACGUUGCCUGUGAUCAAGUACUCGGGGGGGACUCCGAGACUCUCUGCUUGCUCCUCCUCCCAGUCCCCUGGGGACUCCCUCCCGGCUGCUGUGAGCCCGUGACUGGCCCCCUCACUAGCCCCUGCCCAGGAGCACCAGCCUUAGCUACCUCAUGGGACCCGGCUGGCUGGCCAGCCUGAGCUCCCGCCCCCUCCACCUUGCCCCUCCUCAGAGUAUUUUUUGAAGUAGUUGAAUUGCAGAGAUGGGUAUCUGGAGGGCUGGAAGAGUGGUGGGGACGGGGAGAAGGUGAGGAAGGUUCACUGGCUGGCCCCUCAUAUCUGAGCAGAGAAGCCAGUGAUGGCCACUCAGCCUUAUAAAGCAGGGUUUGGUUUCUACCUUCA